ACAAAUAUUUAAAUUCCUUUCCUACACCUUCAUCUAAUAAUACCAAACGUGCUCGAAAUGCGUCUCAAUAUUAUUGUUCUUCAAAUUGCCCUACAACUUUUCCAUGGGCGGGAUAUUUCAACUGUUGUUGCUAUGACAACUUAUGAUGGCAUUUCUACCUUAAGCGGGGCACAUCGAGCGCAAUAUGCUGGGGCCCAAAGAAAUGAGAUUUCCCCGGUAGGACAGGCUCUAUUGCGAAACCACAAAGAGUCAAAUGCCAAGGAGUUUUUACAAAGCUCGAAAGCACGAUUUGAUGAUCUUGGUGAACGGAUCACCGAAUCGGUGAACAACGGCCAUUUGAUAUAUAUUGAGGAUGGCGAGGGCGACGAUCACUGGCAAAGUUUGCUUGGGGCUCUAGACCAAAUUGUCCCAGAGAUGGUGGUCCACCGAGGGGGAUACUACAAGGUCCGAAAAGAUCUGACUGAAAAGGUAUGGGAAAACUUCCACCAGGUGGCUGAGAGAAAGAAGCCCAUAAUCUCGCCUAUUCACGGCGCCACACCAGAUGAUAGAUUGGGCGUGUUUGAUAAACUAGAAGGGAUCCCUGAAUAUGACCCUAAGAGUGGAAGGUUGGAAGAGUUAAGACAUGAAAGCUUCAACGCCAAAGAACUCGCAGCUGAAAUUAAAAAGACCAGGCAACAGUUGCUCCGGCGACUACAAAGGAAUAAGUUCACAACAAUCGUUACUAAAUGUUCACCCACUGGAUUGGCCGACCUGAUCGUGGAAGCGAAAGCGGAGAAAAGAGUUGCCAUCGUUUGGACCGGCUUCACACGUUUCGAGCCGAAAGACGAAUCCUUCGAGAUCAAGUUCAACGUUCGCAAGGAUCUCGAAGCCUCAAAGGCCUUACUUGCCCUCAAUCUCCCAACUGUCAUUACCACUCCACGACUCCAAAAUUCCAAGUUGGGCGCCAUCGUGGCCGAAGAAAUCGCUAGGGUCUUCGCACCCCUUUCGCGCGACGUAGAAGAUACCUACGGAGGAUUCAAAGGACUGCACGGACUAGUCUCACCUAGACAAGGCACUUUCGGCCAUUUGCUCGCCAAAAGUCACGACUUAUUCCGCAACAGCAGAAUCGAUGACUCUAGACAGGAUGAGCAUACUCUUAGCGAGUUGAAAGCGAAAGAGGCAAUGCAACUUGAGGUAUCUAACGAGCGGAUCAAUAAACUCGAGAACACUUUACAAUUCAGUCAAGGGAAAAAAUGGGAUACAAUCAUGAAAGCCAUAGAGACAGAAAGAAGAAAGGCGAUUGAACUGAACCGCCCGGAACUAAUGAUCCCACCGGGUGCGCCCUUGCGAGAUUUCUGUCCGAUCGAUCAAUAUGCACACGUGAUCCUCAAGGACAGUCUCAGGAAAGAAAGCGUGAAGGAAGUGAUCACGACGCAUGUCCGGCUAUCAAGCGAUAAUUCUCGCUUCGAAAUCUCGCCUUCCGCCGAUUCCAAUGUCCACAUCGUCACUAUGUUCGACGCCAAUCCGUUGGCCGCUGAUAUCCAAAAUAGUCUGUUUUACAUCGCUCAUGGUGAACCGCUUCAAAGACAAAAGUACCUCGAAAUCGUCGAGGCCCAUCGUCACGAACGUCCAAGACUUUCCUGAUUUCUACAUUCAUCUCUGUUGGGCAUCAUCAGC